UUGGAAAGGCUGGGUGAGGGAGUGAGCGAAAGGCGGAGAGUGCUAGGCUACGGACAUUGUGGGUUUAAGGUUCCCACUCUUUUUAGGCUGGCGGCUGACCCAAGCGUAUGCGCCCCCCCUCCCCUCCCCCAACGAGAACGAUUUCGACGGAGCCGCAGGACAAAAUAGGGAGGAUAGUGGAAGCUACUGGAAUGAGAGAAGAAGAGAGCUGAUUUAGGAGAUAAGGUACGACAGACAGAGGCAUCGCGGCGGUAGACACCAACUAGACAACGGUAGCUACGGACGAAGGGAGAAAUAGGAAGACAUAAAAAAGUGGGAAGGUUUGACAGUUUUGUAAAGCGAACAGAGUAAACAAAUUGUGGAAACGUUAGUUCACCGGCAGGUAUGGCAGACGCAGACGUCGACUUCCAGACAGGCGAUGCCGGGGCAUCCGCCACCUUCCCCCAGCAGUGCUCAGCCCUGCGCAAGAACGGCUUCGUGGUGCUGAAGGGACGACCCUGCAAGAUCGUGGAGAUGUCCACGUCCAAGACCGGCAAACACGGCCACGCUAAGGUCCACAUGGUUGGUAUUGACAUCUUCAACGGAAAGAAGUAUGAGGAUAUCUGUCCCUCCACCCACAACAUGGACGUACCCAACAUCAAGAGACUAGACUACCAGUUGAUUGGGAUCACGGAUGGUUACUUGUCUCUGCUCCAGGACAGCGGUGAAGUGAGAGAGGACCUGAAGAUGCCAGAAGGAGACAUGGGCAAAGAAAUUGAAACCAAGUACGACGCUGGAGAGGAGAUUCUGAUCACUGUUCUGUCUGCGAUGAAUGAGGAGGCUGCAGUUGCCAUCAAGGCCAUGGCUAAAUAAGACACUGCAGGAGUUAACAAGAUGCACUGGACCUGGAAAAGGGAGGGAGUAAGGCCACGUCAAUGCUAUUCUCCCACUUUUGUUUUUGUAAUCUCUCUCCCUCUCACUGUACUUUCUCGCCCUUCUCUGGGUUAAAUUAGGAACGCAAUUCAAUAAAUAAUUGGAAAUGGCAAAACAUUCUCUCCACACACACACACACACACACACACACACACACACACACACACACACACACACACACACACACACACACACACACACACACCUGUACAGAUGAAACGGAGAGAGAAGGUAGAAUAGAGAAAGAAGUGUUUUCUCACAAACAAAUUGCCGCCUAUGAGGGCAGGGCGUAAGUAACUACUGUACCUAGUCAAGGGAGGAGGGGUGAGAAUCUCACAAAUGUCUGUUUUGUACAUUUUUCCGAUUCAUCAAGGGCUUCUUCAACUCUAUGCAUGAGUGAUGGAUGCUGUUCUGUUUAGGAGCUCAUUCAGCGGGAGCACUGUGCUUGGAAUGUUACAAUAGAAAUAUAGCAUACAGCAUUGAAAUUGGUGCCAGUUCUAGAACAUGGAGAUUGUGUCAGGUCUAUACGUUCCAUUUCUAUCUGACGUUCUGAGUGAUCCGCCCUUCUGAAUGAGCCCCUUCUGUCUUGUUCAAUAUUUUGUGUAAUGUAUAGCACCUAAACCUGUCUGUUAAAAAAACGUGUCAUGAUUUACAUGCUAGGACCAGGGCCCAGAUUCACAAAACCUUCUUAAGAAGAAAUGUCUUACCAGCCAUUUUUUCCUUAACUAUAGACUUAUGAUGAAAGGUAAACAGAGUUGCUAUUCCUCAAAAAAGGUUAUUGGAAAUGUACUUGCACUAUUUCUUAUGUUUCUCCUUUUAAAUAAGAAGUUAAGAAGAAAUUAGAUUCUUGAAUAUAAAGUUUGGGGAUUUGUUCCUAAUUCCAAGAUAGCUAAACCCUUUGUCUUGAACUCAGGGCAGUGAGAGAAAAAGCUCAUGAAAGCAAUUGAACAUGUUUAAUUCACUCACAAACCUCAUCUGAAAGUUUCAGUAUUUAUUAUUUUAAACCCAAGAACAUACUAGAACAGUAAUCUCAGUAGAAAAUAGGAUUGCCUUUGCUAGAUAAAUGUUGUUGCUAGGCAACCGAUUUAAGAAGACUAACAAGAUAUGAGAAGUUUGUAGGAAAAUCCUAAAAUCUUAAGAUAUUAAGGAAUUUUUUUCUUAAGAAUAUUCUUAUGUAAGUGUUUUGUGAAUCUGGGGCCAGUUCUUUGAGUAGGAGUUGAACAAGUGUCACACAGUAGCAUUUGGGAGAAAUGAAACUAGCAACCCAAUUCCAGUGUCAAUUUCAGUCUUUCAGAUAUCUGAUCAAGUCCGUGCACAAGACUAAGUCCUUUCUUUGCGCAAUCGGCCCCUUAUCUUCCAUUACCCUCAAAGGCUGGGCAAAGACCUUAUCGACAGGGGCUGCCAACAGGGCAGGUAGCUAGCUAGUAGACACACUGGGUCACCUAUAGAGAGAAGCAUCAAGUUUUUGACCCAUUAUUACUUUGUACAAACUCCUGAAUGAGAAAAAGUUAUGGCAUUUGGUUUUUGCAUUCACAAAAGUCCAAAAUGUGCAGAAUGUCUACCCGCCCCAAAACAAAUUAAAGAAGACACAAAUUGUUA